AUGAGCGCCCAAGGCAGCAACCAGAACUUCAAGUUGGAGAACCUCUUCAACGUCAAGGGCAAGGUGGCCCUAAUCACCGGCGGCGGCUCCGGCAUCGGCCUAAUGGCCACGCAAGCGCUCGCCGUCAACGGCGCAAAAGUAUACAUCACCGGCCGCACGGGCGAGAAACUGGACCGCGUCGUCUCGACCUACGGCCAGGACAUCCCCGGCGAGAUCAUCCCCAUCACCGCCGACGUGACCGACAAAGCGUCCGUCGACAAGCUCGUGCAAGAGAUCUCCUCGCGCGAGUCGUACCUCUCGAUCCUGAUCAACAACGCGGGGAUCAGCAGCCAGACGCAGACGACGGAGCACGAGGACGCGAACAAGCUGCGCGAGAGCCUGUUCGAGGCGACGGCGGACGUGGCGGAAUGGGACCGCGUGUUCCGGACGAACGUCACGCAGCUGUUCCUGACGACGACGGCGUUCUUGCCGUUGUUGCAGAAGGGGUCCGAGCAGGAGCGGGGCUGGUCGAGUACGGUGAUUAAUAUCUCGUCGAUCUCCGGGAUCGUCAAGGUCUCGCAGCAUCAUUUUGCGUAUAAUGCGUCCAAGGCGGCGGCGAUUCAUUUGACCAAGAUGCUGGCGCAUGAGGUGCAGUCGUCGAACUUGCGGAUUCGGGUGAAUAACAUCGCGCCGGGUGUGUUUCCGAGUGAGAUGACGACUGGGGAGAGCGACGAGGGGCAGAAGAGUGCCAUUCCUAAGGAGAAGUAUGAGCAGAAGGUCCCCGCCGCUCGUCCGGGUAAGGACGAGGAUAUGGCGAGCACGGUGCUUUUCACGACUACGAACCAGUAUCUGGAUGGGCAGACGAUUGUGGUGGACGGAGGAUAUGUGUUGGCUGCGGGCUCGCUCUAA